UUAUCCACCCAAUACCAGAUUGAAGAACUCAACUUACACUCCUUGGCUAAUCAAUUCAUUAGCAAUGUCUGCUGGCAAUUGUUUCAUGUUGGCUUUCUUUGUUGCUCUAAGUUUCUCCGGCAUGGACGUCGGCUUUGCUGCUCGUCAUCUUUUACAGAUUCCAAAUCUGCCAAAUCUGCCACAACCCACAAUCCCAAAUUUGCCUACAACACUGCCUCCAUUGCCUAGCAUCCCAAACCUGCCACAACCCACAUUGCCAAAUUUGCCAACAAUCCCAAAUCUACCACAACCGACAUUGCCUACAACACUGCCACCAUUGCCUAGCAUCCCAAAUCUGCCACAACCCACAAUGCCAAACUUGCCACAACCCUCAUUGCCAACAACAUUGCCUCCAUUGCCAAGCAUUCCCUCUAUCCCAACAAUCCCAACCACUAUUCCAUCCAUUCCAUUCCUGUCUCCGCCACCCAGCAACAACUAGAGUGGCUCUUUGCUAUUGCCAGUUUGUUGAAUUGGACAUUUGUUGGUACAAUUUAUGUGUGCGCU